UGACUGAACUGGCAACUCCUUUGGAUUAGUGCGCUGUAGCAGUCGCAUGUCAAACUGUCAUACAAAUAUCAGCUGUUGCAUUUGUUGAUUUGUUCUGUUGUUAUAGAUUAUAGCCCUAUACCUUAUAUACUACGUGACGUCAUUAUAUAUACUCAAGCUAACUUACUAUUGCUGGCAACCUGAUAAGCUGAAUUAUUUGUGCAGCAAGUGUUCUUUAAUCAUUCGAGUGGUUAAGGCCAGUUUUUAUUGUUAAGAAUCCCACAGUGAAACCAUGUUGAAAAUCGCUAGGCAGUAUAAUAAUACUUUAAAAUUUACACCGCUCAUUUGUCGCUCGUUUUCCAGCGAAAAUGCGCCAAAGAAAACGUGUCUUUAUGAUUUAAAUGUAAAAUAUCAAGGUAAAAUGGUUGAUUUUGCUGGAUACCUGAUGCCUGUACAAUAUGGCGCUGAAGGAAUCCAAGCAUCCCAUAAGCAUACUCGUUCACACUGCAGUUUAUUUGAUGUGUCCCACAUGCUGCAAUCCAAUAUUCAUGGGAAAGACAAUGUAAAAUUUUUGGAAAGUUUGAUGGUGGGUGAUAUUCAAAGCCUUCCAAAUAACCAUGGAACACUUUCUGUCUUUACAACAGAUAGUGGAGGAAUUAUUGAUGAUUUCAUUGUUAAUAAAACCUCAUUAGGUUAUCUUUAUGUAGUUUCCAAUGCUGGAUGUCGUGAUCAAGAUUUGGCCCUACUGAACUCAAAAUUGGCAUUAGCCAAAAAAGAAGGUCUUGAUGUUGAUAUUGAAGUUCUGGAAGAAAGAGGAUUGCUGGCCAUACAGGGUCCUUUAAUGAUGUCCAUCUUACAACCCCAUGUUGAUAUUCCUCUCGACCAGUUAUAUUUUAUGACAACUUCCGUUGCCACUGUUUGUGGAGUACAAAAUUGCCGAAUAACUCGCUGUGGCUACACCGGAGAAGACGGCGUAGAAGUAUCCGUUCCACCCAGUGCGGCAGCAGAUAUAGUCGAUAAACUUUUGGAGUCCUCAAAAGGAGCUUUGAAGUUGGCUGGAUUAGGUGCUCGCGACUCUUUGAGACUGGAAGCUGGCCUGUGCCUGUAUGGAAACGACAUGGACGAAACGAUUAAUCCAAUUGAAGCUUCCCUGGCUUGGCUUGUUGCUAAACGCCGUAGGACUGCUGCUGAUUUUCCAGGCGCAGCUAACAUUCUUGCAGAACUUAAAUCAACAACUGGUAGGCGACGAGUAGGUUUUGUGUCACGCGGACCACCCGCCCGUGGACAUACGCCUAUUUAUUCAAAAGAUGGUAAUCUCAUUGGAGAAAUUACAUCAGGAUGCCCGUCACCCAGCUUACCGGGCGUAAAUGUGUCAAUGGGACAUCUGGAUCGCCAAUAUGUUAAAAGUGGAACCCAAGUGCAAUUUGAGAUUCGCAAAAAAAUGGUUGAUGCUCAAGUAACCAAAAUGCCAUUUGUGCCUACCAAAUAUUACAUAAAAAAGUAAUUAUCUAUUGACUGUUAACAUGUUAGUACAAAAGAUUAUCUGGUUGAAUAUUCAUUAUAUCUUUUUAUAAAUGCAAA